AGACUAUAUGGUGAGAAUGAAGAGGAUUGGAGGAGAGCAGUGUGAGAGAAGAAUAUGAAAAUGAUAAAAAUACACAAUCUGGAAUACAGCCUGGGGCAACACAGCUUCAAGUUGGGAAUGAAUGCCUUUGGUGACGUAACCAGUGAAGAAUUCAGGCAGAUGACGGAUGGCAUUCAAAACCAGGAACCGAAGAAGGGGGAAAUAUUCUCUGAAUCUCCCUCUGAGGUCCCCACAUCUGUGGAUUGGAGGGAUAAAGGCUGUGUGACUCCUGUGAAGAAUCAAGAUCACUGUGGUUGUUGUUGGGCUUUCAGUGCAGCUGGUUCCCUGGAAGGACAGAUGUUCCAGAAAACUGGCAUACAUGUUUCACUCAGUGAGCAGAACCUCGUGGAUUGCUCACAGGCUGAGGGCAGUAGCGGCUGCAAUGGUGGCCUAAUGGACAAUGCUUUCCAGUAUGUCCAGGACAACAAAGGCCUGGAUUCAGAGGAAUCCUAUCCAUAUAUUGGAAAGGACAUGACCUGUAGCUACAAGCCUGAGUAUUCUGCUGCCAAUGACACUGGCUUCAUAGAGGUUGCUCCGCUGGAGAAGGCACUUAUGGUAGGGCUUGCUCCAGAUCUUGACCUGUAA